AUGACAUCCUUUAUCUCCUCGCGGCCACGGGCAAGGCCAGCGCACACACAGGGGAUUACACGUUGCGCAUAUACCCCCGACGGUACUAAGCUGGUCACAGUUGGCUCCAAUAAUCUCAUUCGUGUCUACAAGACGGGCUCCGAUGGCGAACCCGACAACAUCGAUGACUGCCAGGAACAGAACCUAGCCGUGUCCGCGAGUAACACCUUCUUCAUCGCCGGAGCCGAAGAUGGCACUGUCAGCUAUUACAUUCUCGCCGCCACUCCGAAUGCCACGAGCAUGUUCGACAAGUUUCUGCUUCGCACCUCCAUGCCCGUCCGCGAUGUCGCCAUCUCGCCCGAUAACAAGUGGUGCGCCGUGGCCAGUGACGAGCUGACCGUCAAGCUGGUCGGCAUUCAAGACAACACCCAGCUGCUCACAUUGAAGGAGCAUGGCAAGCCGACCAAGCACCUGUCGUUCGACCCCAAGGGCAGCAUGCUAGCCCUGUCGUGUACCGAUGGAGUCGUCUAUGUCUACUCCCUGACGGCGGAGCACCCCGAGCUCAUUCGCAAGGUGGACGGCAUCAUCGGCCGGAUGGAGACCGAGUCAGAGGCCUCGUGCAAGGUGGCAUGGCAUCCCGACGGGCGGGCAUUUGCGGUGCCGACUCCAACGAGGGAUAUUCAGGUCGUAUCCAAGAACGACUGGGAGAAGCAGCGCGCCUUUUCCAAGGGGCAUGACGGGGACAUCACUGCUGUGGCCUGGUCACCAAACGGCGCCCUGCUCGCGACGGCGGGCAAGGACAAAAAGCUGCUGAUCUGGUCCACCAAGGACCAGACCGUUCUCGCGAGAUAUGAGUACCCGAAUGUCGUUGACAUUGCUUGGCACCCAACCAAGAACUUGGCCUCUUUCACCACGUUGGACGGUCAAGUCUUCAUCUGCGAGGAGUUUAUCUCGGAGCAGUUUGCUUCAAUGCUCAGGCUGCCCCAACAGCCUGCCCCUUUUAUCCAUGAUCCUCUCGCCGAUAUUGGCGCCAACAACAGGAGGCCAGAGCCCAAUGGGGCGAACCUGCCCUCUCGACCUCGGCGGGGUUCCAUCGACAGUUUGGAUGACUUGUUGGAUGAUGAUAAUUUUGGGGACGAGGAUGACGGUUUCGUGGUUGACGAUGAUGGCGCAGGAUACACGCUCAAUGCGGCUCAAAAACGCCCAGCUGAUGAUGACCUUCUCGGGCAACGUCCUAGCAAACGCGGGAACUUUGUCCAACCACAAGUUCAUCGGGCCUUCCAGCCUGGUGCAACCCCCUGGCGUGGAAACCGCAAGUACCUGUGUUUGAACCUGAUCGGCUUCAUAUGGACAGUGGAUCAAGACUCACACCACACGGUUACGGUGGAGUUUUACGAUCAUGAGUUUCACAGGGACUUCCACUUUACCGACACCUUUCUCUACGACCAGGCGUGCCUGAACGAGAAAGGCGCGCUGUUUUCAUGCCCGCCCAAAGACGAUGCUCCAGCGGUGCUCUUCUAUCGCCCGCACGAGACCUGGACCCAGCGGACCGACUGGCGCAUCGAGCUGCCCAAGGGCGAAGCGGUCCUAGCCAUGUCGCUCAGCGAUAGGUUUAUUACUGUCACAACAACGGGGAAUUAUGUAAGGAUAUACACGCUCUUUGGUAUUCCCUAUCGGGUGUACCGGCCCAAGAGCACGCCCGCCGUCUCGUGUGCGAGCUGGGGGGAUUAUGUCCUGACCAUGGGCAACGGCCCCGUUGGUGCGGAUGGCAUGUGCCGGUUGCUGUACACCAUUGAGAACAUCAAGCGGGACGAGAUCUGCCAAAAUGAAGACACGGUCGCACUACCUGAAGGAGCGACUGUCAAGAGCGUCUUCUUCUCAGACAGCGGGGACCCCUGCAUCUACGAUUCAACGGGCACACUCCUAACUCUUCUCCACUGGCGCGAGCCAUCCCGCGCCUCCUGGAUCCCGCUCCUCGACACCAAGCUCCUCCCGCGACUCGCCUCGGGACGCAAAAACGAAACCUACUUCCCCAUCGCCGUCGCCGACAACAAAUUCCACUGCAUCAUCCUCAAAGGCGGCGAUCAAUACCCCUAUUUCCCGCGCCCCCUGCUCUCCGAGUUCGAGUUCUCCAUCCCGCUCGUCUCAGCCCCUCCACCCAAGAAAAACAAAAAGACAAAAACCGCCAAAAACCGCGGCGACGACUUCGACGAGGACAUGCUCUCAGGCGACGAACCCCCGUCCUCCCCAGAACCCGAAGACGACGACGACGACCCCGCCACGGGCGACGCGGAAACCCUCGCCCUCACGCAGACCUACCUGCAAAAGUCCGUGCAGUGCGCCCAGCUCGCCGACCAGCUCUCCACAUCACGGGGCACGGCGUCGCAGCGGGCGCGGCUGGCGCGCCUGCAGCUGGACGUCGACAAAGCGCUGCUGCAGAUGCUGGCGGUCGAGUGUCGCGAGAGCGGCGAGGACCGCGGCAUGCGCGCCCUCGAGAUGGUGCAGCUCAUGCGCGAUCGCUCCGGCAGGAUGUUGGAGGCCGCUGGGAAGGUCGCGGAGCGGUAUGGAAGGGCGGUGUUGGGGGGGAAGAUUAGGGAGUUGGGGGAGUUGGGGGGUGAAGAUGAGGAGGAGGGGGAUGGGGACGGGGAUGUGUUUGGUUGA